AAGGGCGGCCCCGUUGUCCCAGUUCUCCCAGUGGGUCCGGAGUGGGGACCGUCAGUGUGCGCCGGGGGUCAGGAUGUGUCCCCAAGCCGGGGGUCGCGGCCGGAGGGGUGGCAUGGCCCCGUGUAGGGGGGGGGCCGGGCUGAGCUGCCUCAGUUUCCCUUGCCCAGGUGGGCGCCCUGGUGCGAGACCCCCGAAGGUGUCCCACCCCGUCCCCACCCCGUCCCCAUCCCCAUGCCCGUCGAUGCCUGUGUCCCCGUGCCCUGUCCACGUCCCCCUCCCCGUCCCCACCCCGACGCUCGUGUCCCCGCUCCCCAGCCAUGUCCGCCCCCCGGCCCCCCCCAGCAUCCGCGGUGCCGUUCCCGUCCCCGUCCCCGUGGCCCGUCCGCGGGGCCGUGGCAGGAAGCGUGGCGUCACGCGGGGCAGGCGUGGGCGCCCGGCGAGGACUCGGGGGGCCGGCAGCACCUCGGGGAUGCGGACGCCUGGGUGACAGGGAGCCCUCGGGCAGGAGGCCGCCAGCGGGGGCACCGCCAUGGGGGGGCCCGGGGUGCCCGUCCUCCUCGUCCUCCUCAUCCUCCUCACCGGGUGCCUUGAUGUCUCCGUCCCCAUGGGUGGCACCGGGACAGCCGGACCCACAUCUCCCCCUCCCCGGGGUGCCUCAGUGUCCCCAUCCCCAUGGGUGACACCAGAGGACCCUGGGGCAGCGGGACCCACGUGUCCCCCCUGGGAUGCUUCAGUGUCCCCAUCCCCAUGGGUGACACCGGAGGACCCCGGGGCAGCCGGCCCAACGUGUCCCCCUCCCCAGGGUGCCCUGGUGUCCCCGUCCCCGGGGGCAGCGCCGGGGCGGGGGGGGAGCGGGGGGCCGACGCCGGGGGCGGCGGGCGCCCUGCGGGUGAGCCAGGAGCCGCGGCAGGCCUGGGUGGCCCCGGGCGGCGGGGUGGCCCUGGGGUGCCGCGUGGCGGCCGCCGAGCGCUGGCAGCUGCUGCGCCUGGAGUGGCUCAAGGCCGGGGGGGACGAGGCGCUGUGCGAGGCCCGCCUGCGCCCCGCCGGCCCCGCGGCCCCCGCCGCCUGCGCCCCGUGCCUGCGCCUCGCCUGGCGCCCGCCCCGGGCCACCCUGCACCUCCGCGGCGCCCGCCCGGGCCACGCCGGCUGCUACGUGUGCCGGGUCACCCUGGAGAUCCCCCGCCUCGCCACCGCCACCGGCAACGGCACCCUGCUCAGCGUGGGCGCAGCGCCUGACGACGGACGCGGCGUGGGGCUGCCCGCGGCGCUGGGCGGGGGCCUGGGGGGCUCGGCCCUGCUGCUGCUCGCCCUGGGCCUCUGCUGCUGCCGGCGCCGGUGCAGGAGUGCAGACACGGUCAUCUACGCGAACACGCUGCCCCGCUCGACGCGGGCCCCCAAGGACCUGGUCUCCCUCAAGGAGCUGGACAACAGCAUCUACCAGGAGGGCCUCCAGCGGGCACGGCCCCCCCAGCCCCCUGCAUGCCCUGGGCACCCCGGGACCCCCGGCGCCCGCCGUGCCCGGCCCUGAGGGGCUGCGCAGGGGCCCUGACGACCCGCAGAGAUGUCCCCCGUUGUGGGUUUUUUGCAUUUGGGCAUCGAAAGCUGGCACCACGCAACUGCACCCACGCCUCGGUCUGCCCGCGGGCUGCCCCUCGGCCGGUCGCCGCGGUGGUGCGCGGGUGCCCCAGGCUCGGUUCGCCCCGCCGGUGUGCAGAAAAGACCC